AUGGACCCCACGGUAUCUGUCUCACAAUGGAAGGGUGAGAAGCUGAAAAACAGCUCUCAUUGGCCAGCUUGGUACUCUGCGAUGAAGCAGUUUGCCAAGACUAGGAAAGUAUGGGAUUAUUGCAAUCCUGAGAAACCAGCCCCGGAAGUGCUGGAGGAGCCGCAGGCCCCCGCACGACCGCGGUUACAUAUCCCACGAGGGGCAACUACAGAGGUAGCCAAGACCCUAAGGGAAGAGUUUAAGGAUCGUCAGAUGGAGUAUAGCUACGACCAUGACGAUUACAAAGAGGAGCUCAAAAGGUAUGAGAAGGUGGAAAACGGCCUACAAUCAGUUGAGUUCGUGAUCACUGCGUCAACAGAUACUAAGCUACACCGUCUCAUGGAUGAUCUUGAGACUCCGUACGAGAAGAUUAGCUUUCUCAAGAAGCGCUUCUCACACACAAAGUCUCACCAGAAUGAAGUCCUGCUACGCUGGGCAGAAGGGUGCGUACGACCACCAAAGAAGGGUCAAAACGUACUAUCCUGGCUAGAAGAGUGGGAGCUGAUACGUGAUGAAGCGGUCAACCUAAAAGUGGAGAGUGACACUGCGCAGCAUCCGCAGCUGUUUUUACAUGCUGUAAAGGACAUCCUACCGGUCUGGUGGGAAGCUCGGUUCCAGGAUAUCGUACUAAGAAGUAAUACAAUCGAGAUAAAUGAUCUGAUUGAGUCCUUCCGUACCUCCUAUACUAUGUCGUAUUCCGAGACUACCAAGAAGAAUACCAAUUCUAUAUCCAAAGCAGCAUUUGCCACAUCGACCUGGCAGGGUAAAGCAGAGGCUGAAACCUCUAGAACCGAAAGAAAAGACGGGAAAACUGGACCAUUUCAGGACCGGAGCUACUGCCCUUGUGGCAUGAAACACCCGGUCACCCGGUGCUGGGUGUUGAAUGAAGACCAACGACCGGAUGGGUGGAUGGGCCUACGAAAGGCCUCCGAAGCGCUGAAGAAGUCAUUCAAAAAGGAACCAGAGUGGAAGGAAAACCGUCUGGAUCAGCAAAUUUAG